AGGAAUUUUUGUGACGCCGUCAUUAUGGCUGCCACUGUGUGUUGUCUACACACGCAACGAAGUGCGGCGGCCGCUGACGUGCAAGAGAAAGCUGAAUAGUUUUGUUAUUUUUCCGCGCGAAGCUGUGGCUGAACGCACAGAACAUGGGCUCGAAGAAACACAAAAAACAUAAACGCGAGCGAUACGAAGUUCAAUGAUGCACAGGAAUUUUGACUACGUUUUCACCGCCGACAAACUGAGAGUGAAGAGUAGAAGUGAGGUGGAUUCAAAAGUAUAAACCGAGCGUUCCACAGCAACAGGUGCGACGUGGAACAGAGAGCCAGUACACAACGACGGACAAACCUCCUAGCCUGAAGUUAAUUUUAAAAGUAGGAGGCAGUACUGGAACCCCCGAACACGGCAGCGAAUCGCCAAGUCAGGCCACCAUGCUGUCGCAGCACUAUCAGCAACAAUUAGGUCUUAAUUAUUCUGUUAGUCCAGGCGAUACAGAAUACGACAGAUAUGUCGGCCAUAAGAAGCUCAAAAAAAAGAAAAAGAAGAAGGACAAGCGUCACAAGCAUCAUCACAAGGACAAGAAGAGACGGAGGGAAGAAUCGAGUCAAGAAUCAGUUGGCGAUGCCGACGAGAACUUAGCAGAACCUAUACCUAAAAAACCGUGCACUAAUCAUAAUCAAUUGUUGCCACCUAGACCACCAUCGAGCGGUGAGUUACGAGUCGGUGCUAGUAAUAUAAGUUCCCUGUCGCCGCAUCGCGAGCCCAGAACAUGCGUCUUGAGAAAGAUAGCGGAGCGCACACCCCUUCAGAGAUUACUGGAGCAUUUGCUGAGGUCACUGGAAAAGCGAGAUCCGCAGCAGUUCUUCGCUUGGCCAGUUACAGACAGCAUUGCACCCGGUUAUUCUCAAAUAAUCACAAAUCCUAUGGAUUUUAGCACGAUAAAGCAGAAAAUAGACGAUAAUAAUUAUCAGAAUCUGCAGGAAUUCGUGGAUGAUUUCAAGCUCAUGUGCGACAAUGCAACAACAUACAAUCAUCCCGAUACUAUCUACUACAAAGCGGCGAAGAAAUUGCUGCAUGUAGGUUUGAAGACGGUCACGCCCGAAAAACUACGUCAGCUCAGAUCGGUUCUCACGUAUAUGAAUGACAUCACGAAAGAGGAAUUGGGAUUCGAAUUGGGCGUUGAGGAUCCGAAUAAUCCAGACACUCCAACGACGGAAGAGCAAAUCGAGCGGGAACGCGAACAAGAGGAACGAAACGAGGAAGCGGAGGAACUUAGAAAAGAAAAUCAGAGAAAGAUGAGACUGGCUAAUUUAGGUAAAUUCGAGGCGAUACCGGACGAUCUAACACCGGAAGAGAUACUGAAGCAGGCAAGAGGAGCGGCAAAGGCAGCGGCGGAGAAGCUCAGUCUGAAGAAGGUCAAUUCGAAGAUGGGUCUGCUGAGGCAGAAGAAAGAUGGUACUACUAGCCUGCAGAUCAUUGUACCCGGUGAUGGAAUCAUUCCCGGUACCAAUCAAAGACCAGUAUCGCUAGGUCAAUUGAUAGGCAAGUUGAACCAUGGAACAGGAGUGUUGGCUGGAUUCCGCGAGGAUCGCAGGAAUAUGUCGAAACCAGUAAAGUCCUUGUAUUAUGGCGCGUUUGGCUCGUACGCGCCAAGCUACGACUCGACGUUCGCGAAUCUUACCAAGGAGGAAACGGAUCUGGUUUAUCAGACCUAUGGCGAUGAUACUGCCGUGCAAUACGCAGAAUCCAUCUUGGACUUCGCUAAGGACUGUGAUUACACAUUGACUAUGGUCGAUGAAUUGCUGGAUAUUCUCACAGACGGUGAACACAGAAAGACGAAAAAAUUUCUGGAAGAAAAACGUAGAUUGAAGGAAGAAGAGGAGAAGAUCAAGCAUUUGUUGGAGAGCCCUACCCAGAACGUGGAUCGUGACAUUCCGUCGCUGGAAAAGGUCAAAGUCGAUAUCGAGCAGCUGAAGACGCUCUCGGAACUUGGUAUCGAUAUAAACUUCUUAGAAAAUUUAGAGGAAGAAUUUAAGUAUAGCGAGGAACGCGCAGCUUUACAAAGUCGUCUAGACGAUACGUCACAAAUGUUGGGUCGAUUAAAGCAGAUACAACAUGAGCGUUUAUCGGCGCCACCCCCGGCGCAUCUAUCUAAUGUUCCUAAGGCGGGUGACAACGAAGUUAUAUUGGCAGAGAAGAUCACUGACAAUCUCACUGACAUUGCCAAGAAACUACCGCCGUCGCAAAUAGCUCCGGUCGACAGUCUACGCAGAGCGAUGGGAAUAGCGCCUCUGGGUGGACCGGAACCCAUGGAAGUCGAGCCGAUCACGCACAACCCUGCCAUCGUCGCCGACAAUUCAUUGCUGCCUCCGAAUCCGACUAACGACAACAAUCAAGUAUUGUCAACCUUGUUGCCCCCUUCGUCGAUUUCAAACGCGAAUUUGUUGAGCCCGACCGGCCAGCAAAGUCAGAAUAUCGGUAUUGUGGGCGCGAAUCAGUCGUCGAUGCAAAUGCAAAUCGGCAUGACGCACAGCAAUCAAACGCCACCUUCUCUUCUAAGCGCGACGGAGUCGACCGAUCUUGAGUCGGAGUUGCGCGAGUUCCUGGAGAGCGAUCCCACACUAGGACACUCGCCUCUUCACGAUGACAAAACGCUGGAAGAUAUUCUAUCCGAAUCUUAGUAGGUAGGCUAAACUUAAAAAUUUUUUUUAUAAAUAAAUUAAAUAUAUAAAUUAUAAAUAUUAUAAAUAUAUAAUGUAA